UGAGAUUAGUUUUUGUUAAUAUUUUAGCUCCAUAAAACAUAUUUGAAUACCCUUUUAAGAGCGUGACGGCUUGAUGCACCUGCACGCCCAAUCACUUCUCGUCCUGAAGCCUCCUGCUCGCGCGAGCCACACCUCCUGGCCAAUGAGAAGCCCGGUUUGGAGCCGAGGGGCGGAGCCUCCAUAUGUUUGGAUCAAAAUGAGCCCAGUGUUAUUCGAAAGCUCAGUCUGUCGCUCCCAACACCUGAAUAAGCGACUCUACAAUCAUUUCACUUACAGCUCAAACGUUUACAGUCUUCACGUUUCAGGAGGAUGAGACCAGCAACUUAACUAGUAACUGCUUGUGCUUAGUUUUAAUUAAAAAUAUAUAUAUAUAUAUAUAUUUGUCCGUUGAGUCUCUCAACAAUGAAGCCAUCGACAGAAAACAGCUUUCAAAUUGACGUCGUUGCGGAUAGAUGCGGGGUCGUGUGCAAAUACAUCCUCAUCGUUUUCAACAUAAUCUUCACGGUUUUGGGGUUGGCGUCUUUAGUGUUUGGCCUGUGGCUGAAUUUCCAAGACAACGCCAGAGACAUGUUCAAUGUAAACGAUGGCAACAAAGCAAGAAUCGACUCGAAUAUCUUUCACAUAGUCGUCUACAUCCUGGUAAUCCUCGGCUCUGUAAUGGUGGCUUUGGGGAUUUUUGGAGAGCAUGCUGCCUGCAAUGACAAUAAAAUUGCUCUCCAAGUGUUCUGUGUCUUCCUCUUCCUCCUGGCUGUGGCCACAAUCGCCGUAGGAGCGCUUGCUUAUACCAGCAAGGACACGGUUGGAAAGAAGUUUGGAGAGUUGUACAGCGACGUAUAUAAACUCUACGAGAAGAAUAAAGAGGAAACGGUGGCCUCUACUCUCAAAUUCGUCCAUGAUUUGCUCCAUUGCUGCGGAUCGGCCGGAGUAAAACUAACCGAGUUGGUUAAGAAGACUUGCCCGAAGGCGGAUGAUGCGACGAGGCAUCCGACAUGCCAAGAGAGCAUCGAAAGCUUCAUUGACCAACGUGCGCCGUUGGUGACUGGCGCCUUCGUUGGAACCGGAGCUCUUUUGAUCACACAAGUCAUCUGCGCCGCCCUGUUCAGUUCAAAGAUUCAUCGGGACUGAAGCGCCUCAGUCAAUUAUUCAGACUCUCUUCAUGUCACCUCCUCUGGUGUCUGAGCUGGAGACAUCAAGCAGUUUUCAUCUUUACUGCACAAUUGUCCGAUAGGUUUUCAUCUGACUGCACAAUUACAGAAGUUUUCUUCAGGCCAAAGAGACAUAAUGACAUGAACAUUCCCCCAUGAACAGCAGCCUCUUGCUGCUGUAAUGCUGAAAGUCUGCAGUUUUCUGAAUCACAAGGCUGCAGGGAAGGCAGCUUCAGGACAUGCAAACGCAUCCAACAGAGGGCCACCGCCUUUUUAAGGCUUAUGCUACAGAAUCAUGUUGCCAAGACGAGAAUUGUUGGCAGCAACGCUUGUGAUAAGGGCCAAAGACGAAAUAGUCUCUGAUCGAGAAACGCCAAGAAAAGACAGACGAUCUGCUAUAGUACAAGGACGGAGAGUAGAGAGCUGGUGCAGAUUUCCUGUUGAAUCCACCAGAUUUUUGGUUUUAAAAAAAUGCUUAGAAAUUCUGCCGUAAAUAAAACGGGUGGAUUAAAAACCUACUCUAGGAUCAACUUCUUCCAGGAAAGUCUGGCAAAGAGCCAUUUGAAAACAGUGGAAGUAGUGUAUCCCAAGAACAGAGAAGUUUAGGGUUCCCACACAUAGAAAUACAGAAAUGUUCCAGAGUCACUCUCUACGGUUCUCAGUGCUUUGUGUUUAUUUAAAAUAGAAAGUUCACCAUCAAGUUAUAACAAAAGGAUUCAGGCUGAGUUAGUCGUGCUUUUGAAAGUUUGUGUUGUACAUUAUAUCAUACAUCAGUAUCGUUAUUAUUGUCCACUUAAGAAAGUUUCCUUGCAGCAAGGAGAGAGAAAAAGAAAAAAACAUUGGCAAAACAGUUAAACGUUUAUGUACAAAUAUCAAUAAAAGCCUGAUUACAUUUGAAAUCUGAAUAAUAGCCUGGCUAAUAAUAUCUUCUCCAUCUGUUGGUUCUUGAUUUGGGCUGCCUGAAUCUCUUCCCAGAUGGUAGAAGCUGAAAUUCACCAAGAAGUGGGAGAUUUGGAGAGUAGGACGAUGUCUUCUUUUUGUAGAAGUCUUUAAAAAGGUUUCUACUAAAUCAGGUAAUCUAAAGCCUGUAAUUUUGUUAGCUACUUUUACAAUGUGCUUGAUCCCGUUCUUGUCUCUGAAACUGCCAAACCAGGUGACAAAAGCGAGGACAGAUCCAGAGAGCUGUAGAAAACCGUCGUCGGUUUGGAGCUGUGUUCUCCAAAAGCGAACCAGAAACGGUUCAUAUAAAUGUCAGCAUGAGGUUCUCCCUGCACUGUGGCAGAACAGGCAGAAAUUUAAUUGUAAUUUGAAGUAAUUAGCCGAUUUCAGAACAUGAUCCGAGCCGUUUUGCUGUAACUGUAAAGUCUGGAAAUGAACGCGUCUUUGUGAAUAGAAAGCGUUUCCAUUCUAUAAAUGUGCAAACAAAUGAAGUGGCAUGUUCUGUACUGGAAUAAAAAAACAAACCACUCUGGCAUGCUGUUAUUAAAAUCGGGGCUGAGAACUCAUCUGUUUAAAAUCAUUUUUACUUUGAUCAACAUAUCAUUUUACUCCAACUUUUUACGAAUCAACCAAGUUGCUUUUAGUUUCUUUAAGAUGACGUUUGUGGGACCUGAAAGGCCCAUUUAAAAUAAAAUAUAUUUUGUUAAUACGUAAAAGUUGGAAACAAACUACAAACGGCGGCCGUCUUCAUGGUUGUUUGGACACCUGGUUAUUUCUAUGAAAUUUCAUAAGCAUUUAGGGGCAGAGAUCAAAUUAAUUUCGUCGUACUGCAAACUUUUAGUACGAAAGUUUCACACUGAUGCACGAGACUCCUGGUCUGCUUCAGCAAAGGACGUUCUUUAAAUAUUCUGCUAUGUUUUAAAGAGGAAGAAAUAUUGGAAGACCCCCAAUAUUUAGGGUCCUAAAACCUAAAUAUUGGUGGUGACAAAUUUUACUUUAAAUGUCUGAAACUUCACCAGCCACUGCUAGAGUCAAAGCUUUUCUUCCAUGUUCAAAAAUUUUAAUUUCGUCCAAUUACAAACUGAAUGCUCACUUUGUAAAUCACAGCCACCUAAUUAGUUCAGUGUUGUAAUAACCGAGGGCAUUUCUAUACACACACCUUGUUCCUACACUAAACUUUUUGAAGGUGCAAGGGAUUCCCUAAGCUUUUCAUAAAAAUUAUAUUUUAAGUUUCAUUUUUGUUUCAAGGAUAACACGACUGCCAAGGAAAGUUGAAUUAUGUCCAAAUGUAUUUUUCUCCCCCUCAAAAUAGACAAUUUUUACACAUUUUUUGAUAAAACACAGAAAUAAGUCAAAUGUGUAAAAGUGUCUUUAUUUCAUCCAGUUACAUCAGUGUUGGGACCUGCAAAGAUUUUUUUUUUUUUUUAAAAGCCAUGCUGAAUACAUGAAAUAAAAGGUAAAAAUGGUGCAAAAAUAAAAA